UCCGCAGAGAGGUCCCAGCCGGCACCCACCCCGCCGCCGCCGCCGCCGCCCGCCGCCGCCUCCGUCCGCACCUCCAGCCCCACCAUUCAGCGCGCAAGAUACCCACCAGAUAUGCCCUGUGUGCAAGCGCAGUAUAGUCCUUCACCGCCCGGUUCGAAUUAUGCAUCCCAGACCUACGCGUAUGGCUCGGAGUACAGCUCAGACAUCAUGAACCCUGACUAUGCCAAGCUGACCAUGGACCUGAGCAGCACCGAAAUCACUGCCACUGCCACCACCUCCCUUCCCAGCUUCAGCACCUUUAUGGAGGGUUACUCUGGCAGCUAUGAGCUCAAGCCUUCCUGCCUCUACCAAAUGCAAACUGCCUCCUCUGGCCAGAGGCCCCUCAUAAAGAUGGAAGACACCCGGCUGUCCCCAUACCAGCCCUCACUGCCCCCAUCUACAGAUGAGGGGAUGCCCAGCACUUCCAUGUACUUCAAGCAAUCCCCACCCUCCACGCCCACCACGCCUGGCUUCCCUGCUCACCAGGGCCUGUGGGACGAGCCCCCGCUGCAGCCCACGCAGACCUGCCUGCCCCCCGGCCACCUGAUGGACGCCGCCCCCAUGAAGACCGUGCCUCCACGCUUCCCUCUCUUCCACUUCAAGCACUCGCCUCCGCACACGCCGUCCGCGGCCGCCCACAUGUGCUACGACCCUGCCUCGCUGAGCCUGCCCCUGGGCUCCGACAGGCCGGCCGCCAGCCAGGCUCCCAUGGAGGGCCAUUCCUACGGGCUCCACCUGGCCAAACGACCAGCCACCUUAGCCUUCUCACCGCUCGGCCUCAACGCAGCCACCUCCAGCCUGAUGGGGGAGAGCAGCGGGAGCGGCAGCAGUGGCCUCCCGUCUCCUCCCAGCAGGAGCUCUUCGUCCGGGGAAGGCACCUGCGCUGUCUGUGGAGAUAAUGCCGCCUGCCAGCACUACGGGGUGCGGACAUGUGAGGGCUGCAAGGGCUUUUUCAAGAGAACAGUUCAGAAAAAUGCAAAAUAUGUUUGUCUGGCAAAUAAAAACUGCCCAGUGGACAAGAGACGUCGUAACAGAUGCCAAUACUGCCGGUUCCAGAAGUGUCUCAGUGUUGGCAUGGUUAAAGAAGUUGUCCGUACCGACAGCUUGAAAGGGAGAAGAGGUCGACUGCCUUCCAAACCAAAGAGCCCCUUACAGCAAGAACCCUCUCAGCCCUCCCCGCCCUCUCCUCCCAUCAGCAUGAUGAAUGCCCUCGUUCGAGCUUUAACCGACUCCACGCCCAGGGAGCUGGACUAUUCAAGAUACUGUUCCACUGAUCAGGCUGCUGCAGGCACAGAUGCAGAACAUGUACAACAGUUCUAUAAUCUUCUGACUGCCUCAAUUGACAUAACUAGAGGCUGGGCAGAAAAAAUCCCAGGAUUUACUGACCUCCCAAAAGAAGAUCAGACAUUACUCAUAGAAUCAGCUUUUUUGGAGCUGUUUGUACUAAGACUCUCCAUCAGGUCUGAUACUGCUGAGGAUAAGUUUGUAUUCUGCAAUGGACUCGUGCUUCAUAGACUUCAGUGCCUUCGUGGAUUUGGGGAGUGGCUCGACUCUAUUAAAGACUUUUCCUUAAACUUAAAGAGCCUUAACCUUGAUAUCCCAGCCUUAGCAAGUCUAUCAGCUCUAACUAUGAUUACAGAACGACAUGGAUUAAAAGAACCAAAGAAAGUGGAAGAGCUAUGCAACAAGAUCACAAGCAGUUUGAAAGAUCACUUAACUUUCAGUUGCCAAAACAAAGGACAACCACUUGAGUCUGCGGAGCCGAAGGUACUGGGUGUUCUGGCUGACUUGCGUUCUCUCUGCACACUGGGACUGCAGCGCAUCUUUUACCUGAAACUGGAAGAUUUGGUGCCAGCCCCUUCCAUCAUCGACAGGCUGUUUCUGGACACCUUACCCUUCUGAGUCAAACCACCCUCCUGAGAGGCAAACGCCCGCCAGAGCAGGCAAACGGAUUGUGACUUACAGCUAACAUUUCUGCCCUCACUUAACAGAAAAGCCGCUCCGAGUCUAACAUGAGGUCUUUUCUGGCGCUUUGUCCUUACAACCUGAGGCCUGAAACUUACUGGCUUACUGGUUUGGGGUUGUGUUCUUUGUUUUCUUUUGUGUGAGUUGGGUUUUUUAAAUGGCUAAUAUGGCACUUUUGGACAAUGCUAUCCCAGCAGCAGUAAAAGGUUAACAUGACUGUUUUAAAUCUGUUGUUUAACACCUCAUGGUCUAUGAGGAGUAAAAUUGUAGAAGCUGUGUUUGAAAGAACAGCAAAUUGUUGUUUGCCAGGGUAGUAUGUGUUUUGUGAGGAUACCUUUAGCAUACUUCCUGCAUCAAGGGCACAUACAUCAGCACAAUCUAAACAAAAAUUCACUUUUUUAGCAAAGUACAUUCAAUUAAACAUUUCAUACGAAUCAAAUAUAGCAAAAUGACAAUGGCUGUUAGCUCCCAUGUUCAAGUGCAAUUUUUUAAAGUGCUGUCUUACUAAGUCUCGUUUAUUAACUAAUUUAUUUUAUUAGGAAAACAAACAGAAGAAAUCAAGGGAGAAAAUUACAUGCACUAACUUACCUGACAGAGUUUUCCAAACUUGAUUCCAUGUAGCGUGACUUAUUGACAAAUGUAUGUGGAAGACACGGGAGCAAUUGUGGCUCAGUUGUUCCUUAGCUAAGGAAACCCGAGUAAGUAGUGAUUGGAGCAUACAGGGUCAGUAUCAGGGAUAGUUCAGUUCUAGACUUCUAACACAAGCGACUUGUUAGUAAACAGACAGAGGAUGGUUUUCAAGAACAAGCAAGUCUUGUAAAAUAGUAUGAAUGUAAGUGCUAGGAAGGAUAUAGUGGGCUGCGUUUAAACAUUCCGUGUUCGUACUCCUUUUUGUAUGUUUAUACUGUUGAUGCCAUAUUAAUAUGAGAUAAUUUGUUGCAUAGUGUCUUUAUUUGUAUAAAUGUUUGUAUGCAUGGUAUAUUGUAAUGGCUUUGCCUGUAUUUAUUGCAAUGACUGCCAGCUCAUGGGAACCCUGUUACACAUGAUAACUAAAUGGGGUGUUCACACUGACUCAGAUACACCAGUUGGAAAACUAUAUACAUAUAUAUAAUGUGUAUGUAUAUAUAUGUAUAUACCUAUAUUUGUGUGCGUGUGUGUGUGCGCGUGUCUUUUUAUUAACCAUUUGUAUAUAAAAUAUCUGUCAAAUCACAAGCAGAGUUAUUUUACAGUUUAUUUGCAGUGACUUCUAAGGCAGUACUGUUUAGCACUUUGAUAUUAAAAUCUUGCUCAUGUUUUGGUAAAUUCAAAUAAUAUUUAAAAAAUUCAGUUCUGAAAAACUUUAUAUGCACUGUAUUAAGUCAAAAUUUUGUUGGUCAUUUUGCUAAAGAAAUUUUUGAAUGUCAACCUGAUGUCACUGUAUCUUUUGUUAGCUUUAAACAUUCUAGCUUUUGUCUUUUUUUAAACUAUGCUGUUUAUAUGGAAAUUAAAUUAUACAAUCAAACAGAUGCCAAAUGAAUUGCCUAAUUGCUGCAAAGGAUAACCCAGAUAUCGAGUCACUGUAUGGUUUUCAAAAAGUAAUCUGGUAUUUUAUCACUUACUAUGUUUGGAUGUGCUUUUAUGAAAAAAUUAUUCUUAUAUCAAGAUUUAUAGUAGUGUCAAUAGGGAAACAGACUUCUAAUCACUAUAGUUAAUAUUUCUGGUUUACCUGCAGAUAAUAUUUGGAGAAGUAUUGCUUUUUGUAUUGACUUUUAAGCUUAUGUGCAAACAUAAUAGCAUAAUUAAAUAUCAGAGAAGCUAAUGUUUCUUGUAGGUUGCUGUAACAAGCCUGACCAGCAAGACAAAUAUAUUUUGACUGAAUUUGCUUUUGUAUAUACUAAAUAUAUAUAUAUACAUAUAUAUAUAUAUACACUCACAACAUGUGCGCAUACAAAAACAUACAGACAUAAAAUCCAAAAAAAAGAAUGUUUGCUUUCGUCUCCUUGUGUAAGACACAAGGUCCCUUGAGAAAUUACUUUUAUCUAAGGACAAAUCCUGCCAGGUGCUGAGCACCAGCCAGACAAGGGCUUGCAGGAGCUUUUUUGCGAGCGUGCCCGUAUCAAGGAUUUUGAAGCAAAUCAGCAUAGUACAGUAAAAUUGCUUUUUUGUUGAGCAAGGUUUAUUUAUUAAGUGGAAUGUGAGUGGGAGGAAGCAGGUUGAGAGCCCCGUGUGAGAUUUCACGUAGUCUGUGUCCUCCAGUCUUCCAUAGAUAGUCUUAGCUGUGAUACUCUCCCAAAUCCCAUCAUCUGUGGAAUUGUCCUUCAUGUCAACUUCAAUACACUGAUUCAUCCUAGAGUACAACCGGUGACCUGUCACAGUGGUAAAAGAAAGAGUUAAUGCAGAAUAAAUCUACUACUAUUCUUAGAGCUCUCUCAGUGUGAACAUGCCUUUGUCUAGGCAGAAUUCAGGAAUAUAUCAGGUGUUAAGGGAGAGUGCCUUGCUUUUAUUUCAGACAACAGUGUCUCAAGAGUUUCUUCACUCAGCUAACCACAGUACUUUCUUUCUUUUUUAUUUCUUUUUUUUUUUUUUUGUGGUGUUAACCUGUGGGUUGAAAGAAAUGCUCAUGUACAUAUACAAUGUAAAUUAAAAUUAUUAAAUUGAAUAACAUUUUUUUCAGAG